AUGCAGUAUUAUACCAAUGCUGCUGUACAGUAUUAUACCAAUGCUGCUGUACAGUAUUAUACCAAUGCUGCUCUACAGUAUUAUACCAAUGCUGCUCUACAGUAUUAUACCAAUGCUGCUCUACAGUAUUGGUACAGGGUGCAAGCGUCCAAAAAUGUCCAACAGACAGCACAAACAAGAGAUCUUAACGGAAUGUUAAAAAGUAAAUUCAUUACAUUCGCCCGCCACGGGUUUGAAGAACACAACAAUUUCCGCGCUCUUCACCAUGUCGCACCCCUCAAGUGGUCAGACAAGUUAGCCAUACAGGCUCAAAAACUCGCCUAUAAAAUGGCGCUCAAAGGAACCAUUCAGGUCCCUGGUAUUGAUUUGUUUGGCGAGAAUAGAGCUAGGCUUUCUGCGGUUAAUUUCGACUGCGAAACAGCUGGUGAAGAAGCCACCAAGAUUUGGUAUAAUCAAGGUAGUAAUUACAGCUUCGCUGAUCCGCGGCUGAACAGUAAUACUGAUUCGUUCACUCAAGUUAUUUGGAAAGGAACCCGGGAUGUUGGAAUGGGUUGUGCACAGAGGAAAGGAACUUUAAGCAAUGAUAUUUUUGUUGUUGCUUUGUACUACCCUCCUGGAAAUAGUCCACGCGCUCUUCGGGAAAAUGUAGUCAGUCCUAAUAAAAACGUGAACGAUGCAUAUUCCUCAAUAUUUCGAAGACGAGAUGAGUUAUAUAAAUACAAACGAACACGACUUUUGACUCAGAGGAAAGAAAAGCAGAAGAGCGAGAGACGAAAUCGAGCUUGA